CUAUUAUCCGGGAUAAAAACAUUACUGUAGAUGUAGCUCUAUUGUGAAAUUCUUGUCUAAGACUACAGUCAAUUGUCAGCUAGACGCCUGACAGUGGAAUAGUUGAUAAUAAGGAAUCACCUGACAAUAAUCACCUGAAACUGCAGUGUAAUUAGCAGGAACUAUGGGGUCCGACAGCAGUGUUUUAGCGGACAUUUUCAGGAUUAUUUUAAUCCUUAUUAACAUAUGUUUUGUCUUGAUCGGAUUGGCCUUAAUGGCAUGUGGUAUAGUAGUCAAAUUCUUCCUAGGUGUCAUUCUUAAAUCUUCUUUGCUAACUGGAGCACUUGAAGAUGUUUAUCAGGGUAUCAAUAAAGGGCAAGAAGUUCCUAAAAAUUUGGAUUUUGGAGCGUUCACAAACGAAGCUGGUUUAGCAUUGAUUAUAAUCGGUGUCAUCAUUUUUGGUAUUUCUAUUUUCGCCUGUUGUGGAGCUUGUUAUAAAUGGAGACCAUUUUUAGUUGUGUUCAGUAUCUUAGUAAUAAUAUUGGUCAUAGGAGAAGCUGCUGCUACUGGUUUACUGGCCUCGAAAACUUCUCCGAUCCAUGAAAAUGCCAGAAAGGAAUUGAAGAAUUUACUGAAGGUAGAAUAUAAUUGUGCUGGUACAAAUGCAUUCUCUGCUACUCUCAAUCUUCUCAUGUUCGGGAUGAACUGUUGUGGAAUAAACGGUCAGGACGAUUUUAAAACUUUGGCAUUGAAAUAUAAAGAUGCUUCAGUUAAAAUUCCUCCAUCUUGCUGUAAACUGGUGGAAGAAGAUAAUAAGAAGAAACCGAUGGAGUGCCAAAAAUCUCCAACCGGGGACAAUUCAUAUCAGACAGGAUGUUACGAUUCGUUUUUAAAUCUUUUAACCAGUGGAAAUAAAUGGGCGAUACCUAUCGUAGUUGCUGUUAUGUUACUUCAGGUUCUGGAAGUCGUAUUUUCAGCUUAUAUUAUCAGAAAUAUAGGUAAGGGUUCUGUUGGAGCGGUUUAAUUCUCAAUCAUGGAAGUGGGUUACAUAGCCUAACUGAAUUACAGUGCAAUUGAUUCGAAACUCUUAUCCAGUCCAUGGUAACUAUUUUUGACGGAUGUCGGUUAGCAGGUGUCAAACCUCUGUGAAAAUUACUAUCAACGCUUGGAUAAGAAUCGAUAUUUUUGGUGCAAGAUUUUAUAAUGUUUUGUAGAUAAAUUUGUUAGUGUAUAUAAAAUAAUUUUGUUAUCUGUUA